AACAUCAUCCAGUGGUCCAUUGGCCGUACAGAAUGUCAUUUCUGUUCUGCGCUCGUCCGGCUUUUCGCGAAUGAAACGGGACGCGUCAGUAAUGCGAGACCGAUCGACUCCUCUUCGUAUUCCUGAUUGCCGGUCAUCGCAGUCACCCAACAAUUCGAAGAAACCGCGCUAGAUUAUAAAAAUCGUGAAACACGAGAGAAAAUCUUUUAAGAAGAGCGCUCGAGAAGGCUGAAACAAACGGCAAUCGCAAGAUGCCAAUUGGACUCGAGUACAAAAACUAGCCAGGAAACAUUCACUCGAAAUGAUACUGCAGGCAAUCAUCUUGAUCCUUUCUGCAAGGAUAUGCUACAGCAAUCCCGAUGCAAAGAGGCUGUACGACGAUUUACUGUCGAAUUACAAUCGACUGAUUCGUCCCGUUUCUAAUAACAAUGACACCGUAGUCGUUAAACUAGGACUUCGUCUGUCCCAACUCAUAGAUCUCAAUUUGAAGGAUCAAAUUCUCACGACCAACGUUUGGCUCGAACACGAAUGGCAAGACCACAAAUUCCAGUGGGAUCCAGCAGAAUACGGAGGUGUCACUGAACUCUAUGUACCUAGCGAACACAUAUGGCUUCCGGACAUUGUACUUUACAACAAUGCGGACGGAGAGUACGGCGUGACUACAAUGACAAAAGCUAUUCUUCAUUACACUGGGAAAGUCCUUUGGACACCUCCAGCAAUUUUCAAAUCCUCCUGCGAGAUAGACGUCCGAUACUUUCCAUUCGAUCAGCAAACUUGCUUCAUGAAAUUCGGUUCAUGGACCUAUGAUGGUAUUCAGAUCGACUUGAAACACAUUAAUCAAAACACGGGAGACAAAGUCGAAGUUGGCAUCGAUCUUCGCGAAUAUUACCCCAGCGUCGAAUGGGAUAUAUUGGGAGUUCCAGCGGAGCGACACAAGAAGUAUUAUCCCUGCUGCGACGAACCCUAUCCUGACAUUUUCUUUAACAUCACUCUACGUCGAAAAACGCUGUUCUAUACGGUGAAUCUAAUCGUGCCCUGCGUGAGCAUCUCUUACUUAUCGGUGCUCGCAUUUUACCUACCCGCCGACUCUGGCGAGAAAAUCGCCCUCUGCAUUAACAUUCUCCUAUCGCAGACAAUGUUUUUCCUCUUGAUAUCAGAAAUCAUACCAUCCACGUCGCUAGCACUACCGUUGUUAGGCAAAUACUUACUUUUCACGAUGAUUCUAGUCGGUCUUUCGGUAGUUAUAACGAUUAUUAUACUAAACGUUCACUAUCGUAAACCAAGCACUCAUAAAAUGGCACCGUGGGUGAGGAAGAUUUUCAUAAGAAGAUUACCGAAACUCCUUUUAAUGAGAGUACCCGAUGAUCUUCUCAACGAUCUUGCCGCGCAUAAAAUACACGGCAGAGGAAAAUACGGUAAGAAAAGCAAAUUCAACGCUGCGGUAGCGGCUGCCGUGCAAUCCUCUUCGAUAGUCUCUUCACCGGAUUCCGCUCGCCACCAACGGAUCGGCGGUAGAUACCGAUGUAAUGGAUUGCAUACAACGUCUGCGCAUAACAGAUUUCUUGGUGGUAUCGGUGGGUAUAAUGGACUUCCUACGGUAAUGUCCGGAUUGGACGAGUCUCUGAGCGACGUAACUCCUAGGAAGAAGUAUCCCUUCGAACUUGAGAAAGCGUUGCACAAUGUGAUGUUCAUUCAACAUCACAUACAACGACAAGACGAGUUUAAUGCGGAAGAUCAGGACUGGGGUUUCGUAGCAAUGGUUCUUGAUAGACUUUUUCUGUGGAUCUUCACAAUAGCUUCGAUCGUUGGCACGUUCAUCAUUCUUUGCGAGGCCCCAGCACUUCGUGACAAUACCAAACCAAUCGACAUGGAGUAUUCUUCUGUGGCUCAACAACAAUUUCUUCCUCAUGGCGAUUUGUUACAAACUAUCGUAUAAAACUUUUAGGAGAAAUAGACACACUUAAAGAAGCUGAGGUGCUGAUUUCACGUAUUUCUCAUAGGAAUUCACGAAGUUAUAGUACGAUAUCGCACCAAUCAAACAUUUUAUUUCUGAAUUUUCCUUAUUCGGACGAAUCAACAACCUCAGCUUCCUUGUCGUUUUUAUCAUAAAAUAUACAAAUUUUCAAUAGCAUUGCAAAUGUCUAAAAGUAUGUUUAAGUUGUACUUGAUAGUAUAAUACGUGCACAUAACGAAUAAGUGCUCUUGAAUAACAAUAAACGUGUUAAUGUUAUUUGUAGAAAUUUUGUAACGUCGAUUACGUAGAACGGUUAAAACGGAAUAUUAAUUGUCCAUCAAAAUCUGUGUAUAGGGAGAAACAUUUUCUGCUCGAAUCGAUAUCUUCCCGAAGAGCAAUGAAGAAAAUUGUUAUGUAGUAAAUUUUUUCAACUACUAAAAUAUAAAUCAACCUUUUUCAUUAAAAAUGAAAUAUAUAUACUCUAACUCGUUCGAUAUCUUGUAUGCCUAUAAAAAUUAAAUAAACGACAAUUAUAAAGCA